CAGCCCGGCUCGGCUCGGCACGGCUGAGGCGGCGGCGGCGACAUGGGCCGGGGCCGGUGGCGGGACAUGGCCGCGGAGGAGCUGCAGCAGCAGUACUCCCCCAGCCGCUGGGCCCGCCGCCUGCGCGGGGACGCCGCGGUGCGGGCACACAUCGAGGCGGUGACCGCAGGAACGCAGCGGGCGCGGGCCAGCACUCGGACCUCGCUGCACGUCCCGUACGGGGAGGCGGACGGCGAGAGGCUCGACCUCUACUUCCCCGCGGAGCCCUCCGAGACCUUCCCUGCCUUCGUCUACAUUCACGGUGGCUACUGGCAGUGCUUGAGUAAGGACGCGUCAGGUUUCGCAGCCCCCGCGCUGGUGUCACGGGGCGUCGCGGUGGUGGCGGUGGGUUACGACAUAGCUCCCAAAGGCCACAUGGAUGCGAUGGUGCUGCAGGUGCGGCGCAGCCUCGCCUUCCUGGCGAAGCAGUACUCCAGGAUCAGGGGUAUUUACUUGUGUGGACACUCGGCAGGGGCUCACCUGGCAGCUAUGGUGCUGUGCACAGACUGGACGGAGUUUGGAGUGGUUCCUGAUAUCAGAGGAGCUGUUCUGGUGAGCGGCGUGUACGACCUGGAGCCCAUCCUGCACACCUACGUGAACGACGCACUGAACAUGAGCUGGGAAGUGGCCCAGAGGAACAGCCCCAUGCUGUGCGUCACACAAGCAGUGCCUGCGGCUGCAGCCUGUGAGGUGCUGGUGGCCGUGGCCCAGCACGACUCCCCGGAGUUCCGGAGGCAGUCGCAGGAGUACAGCCAGGUGAGCCCCUGCAGCGCCUCGCCCAGCUCUGCGGAUGCUGCGUGGGCUGUCCUGCUCGGACCUGUUCUCCCUCUGCAAACCUUCUGCGGCUGGGGUGACGGCUGCUGUGAGCAGGGGAGGAUGCUAGUCCUCGAUGAACCAUCGCUCCUGCUGCGCUCUGGUUCCUGGUCAGGGUCCGCUCCCCCGUGCUGGUGCUGUCUCCCCACAGGCGCUGCGCUCAGCCGGCUGGUCUGUCUCCCUGCUGGAUCUUGCCAGCAUGGAUCAUUUUGACAUCAUUGAGAAGCUGUCGGAGGACACCUAUGUCCUCACACAGGUCAUUCUGAACAUGAUUGCAAGAGCUUGAUGGCAUGUUGGGAGCAAAUUGGAGAUGGAAACCACAGCCCUGUGCAGUGACAGGCGGCCUCUGCACCCUGCUCUGCUCCAUCCUUGUUCCAGCCUGCUGGGUCUCCUCUGGUGGCACUGGGUGGCUGCUGCCCCAGACACCCCUCUGUAAGGGCUCUCUGGGGCAGGUGUGCCUCCUCUGCUCCUCCCAGCCACCAGGCAGGGGGGCUUGCAGCAGGAGGGCACCAGUUACCCCGCUGCAGCUCCCCUGUGCUGAUGUUAUCUCACCGAGGUGCUCCUGUGCUUUGGGGCCGUCCUUGGGGCUGGGCCAGCUGCGGUGCACAGGGCUGCAGGCCUGCUGGGGUCUGUCUGGGUGACCAGAUGUUGCAGUUUGCUCCCUCAGGUUGCCUUAAGCUGCUGAUUGCCAAUACAAAAUAGGAAUAAAUGCUGCCUGGGUGUAAA